AUGAGACACCCCAGCCCCCUCACCUCAGGGUGUUUUGGUGGCCUCAUCCUGCUGACCCCGUCUCCCACGGCUGGUCCGAUCACUCGGCAGGAGAAAAAAGGACCAGAGAAACACCAGGGCUUGCAAAGAGUGGCCCUGACGUUGCCCUUGUCGCCCCCAGCCCAUGCUUGCAAAGGGCCUGCAUCAGUUGACUGUCAUAGGAACUGGAUGCAGGGAUCCAGCGAGGAGAAAAAAGGACCAGAGAAACACCAGGGCUUGCAAAGAGCCUCCCCACGUUGUCCUCCGUUGUCCUUGUCGCCCCCAGCCCAUGCUUGCAAAGGGCCUGCAUCAGUUGACUGUCAUAGGAACUGGAUGCAGGGAUCCAGCGAGGAGGAGGAGGAGGAGGAAGAGGAGCCGCCCCCGUCGCGGGCCUUGGUCCCCCGCUCCUCCCCGGUGCCCCGGCCCCAGCCCCCGCCCGACCCCGGCGGCUCCUGGGACGAGGAGAGCGCCGAGGCCCCGCCGCCGCUCACCAGGCCGCGCUCCCGGCAUGCCCCGCGGGGUGGCCAAGGGCCGCCCUCCCAGAAUGCCCCGGGGCAACCAGAGUCGUGCUCCCCUGAGGCGGCGGCGGCGGGGCCUUCCCAGCAUGCCCCGGGGCGGCACGUGCUCUUCGCCGACGCCCUGGGCCUGCCCCUGGCCCGCUGGCGGCGCUACCAGCCCUGGCCGCCCCCCUCGCCCGAGUCGCCCCCCGAGGUGGCCCUGGCCGCCCCGACGCCCCCCGGGCCGGUCCCGUACCUGCUGCCCUCCUUCGUGUUGGCCCCGGCGGGGCAAGGGGAGGCCGAGAGGCUGGAGCGGCUGCGGCGGGCCAAGGUGGAGCUGGAGGAGGUGCUGCCCCCCGAGCCCGGGGGCCCGCGGGCACUGCGGGGCACCGUGCGGGUGCUCAACGUCUCCUACCGCAAGGCGGUCCACGUGCGGGCCAGCCGGGACCGGUGGAAGAGCCACCGGGACUACCCGGCCCUCUACGUCCCCGGGGGCUCGCCGGACGGGGGGCUGACCGACCGCUUCGCCUUCCGCCUGGACUUUGGCGAGGAGGAGGAGGAGGACGACGAGGAGGAGGAGGAAGGGGGAGCCCGGCUGGAUUUCGUGGUGCGCUACCAGACGGACGAGGGCGUCUACUGGGCCAACAACCAGGGCCGGAAUUACAGCGUGGUGCUCAAGGGGGCCGCGCCACCCCUGGGUCAACCCAAGAGGCUGGGCAGAGAAGGGGCACUGCGCCGGCUCAAGAGCUGUAUGAGGCCUAUCAAAAUCAGGUCGAAUGGGAACGAGCUGCGGGUCGAAGACAUAGCACCGCCCACUUUUCCGGAAGAAGGGAACGCUGAAAAGGAUCUGACCAAUGAGCCCCCAAAUUUCCCUGCCUUUCAGCCCCCUCCUCUUAUGACCCAGAUUCCAGAGCUCAUGAUCACCACCCACUCCCCGGAGAAGAAAGACCCUUCGAGAGACCGUCCUGUGGAUUUCACUGACUCCCCGCAGCGUCUUGCCAUGAAGGUCCAUCCCGCCUCCCGCGAGGAGCUGCAAGUGCCGGGUGGCUUGUCACUGGGGAACGACGCCCAUCCCUCGGCACCGUGGGACUUGUCCGAGUUCGGCAAGCGCGACUUCACCACCGAGGGCUCCUUCAUGGAGGAGUGCUCGGAUGAGCAGUUGAGGAGGUACCAAGAGCUGCCCCAUCGCUUGGAGGAGGAUGCCAUCGACCGGGAGCUAGAGCAGCUUUACCUGUCGCACCUGAGCCGGCUUCGAGCGGAGGAGCUGGGCGAGAGAGGCGGCUGGUCCGAGGAGGGCUUGGAGAAUCCCGACAGCCCCGCACCCUCCCUCAUCGCCUUGCGGCAGAGCGUCUUGACCGACCGCGAUCUGAUAGUCAACUGGGCCGGCCCGGAGAGAGCGCUGAACAGUUCCCUGGCGGAGGAGAUCACGUUGCACUACGCUAAGCAGCGGGGCGACGACUCCCGGGACAGCGAGGAGGAGGGAUUCGCACCUAGAUACACAACCCUGGCUCCGCCUGAGCUGGCCGGACAGGGCCGCGAGAGCCCCCCAGUUUUGCUGGAAGGCUGCUUUCUCAACCACUUGGAAGAGGGGAGCGUCCAACCGAGUCCCACCAAGGACUCCGACGCCUUCGUCAGCUUGAGAGGAGUGCUGCCCAAUGUCCUGCGGCCCAUGGUUCAGGAUGCCACGGUGAUGCCCCUGGUGGUCCCCGCCCGGACUCUGACGCCCUUCCCAAACCGUCCCCCGGACCUGCUCUCCAGCCCUCUCGGGGCCCACGGACAGAGCAAGACCCAGGGCUUCUUGAUAGGGCAAGGCAGCCUCUGGCUAGGGGAAGGGAAUAAUGUCGUCAAGGCCCAUGAAACCCAUUCCAACUCUCACAGCGAACUCGAAAGGAUCUUGACUCGCUCCCUACGGUUCCUCGGCCUCUUUGUCUUCCUCCCGGUGGUCUUCAGCAGCUGCAUGCCGUUGGUGGCUGUCACCCUUUACCUUCUCCUGGAUUGGUUCUCAUAG